AAGGCGGGUAAUAAGCAAGACACAGAGCAAGUCAGCAGGGUUGCAGCUUGCAGCAGCACGGACAGCUGAGCUGAGUCGUCUUUAGUCUUCCCAUCGUAGUCCAACUGGAUCUCCCACCUUUCUCUCUUCCCUUCCCUUCCUGCUCCGGCAAUAAUGUCCGUCGCCGUCACUCGCCUGCCUCAGGACACAUGUGGCUACAUGCUCCCAGGCCCACCCAGCCGAAACAACGGUGGAUCUGCAGACUGUAGCACCAGCGGCCUUCUUGCUUACGGCGCCGGCAGCAGCGUCGCCAUCGUCGACUCCCGGACCAUGCAACUUGUCUCUGUUCUCCCUAUGCCCGCUCCUUCUACCUCCCCUAUUGCCCUCGCCCCCUUCGUCACCUCCGUCCGCUGGACCCCGCAACCCCUCCGCCGCGACCUCCUCACCCAGGAACCUUCCAAUUCUCACCUCCUCAUCGCCGUCGGUGACCGACAAGGCCGUAUUGCUAUCUGGGACUUCCGUCUCCGGCAGGUCCUCGUCUGGAUGGAAUUCGAUCCUCCUUCAUCGUUUUCUUCUUCCGAUAAAUCUAAACUCGGAAUUCAGGAUAUCUAUUGGAUUCGUGCCAAAGCUGACUCUUGGAUUCUCGCCUCCAUUAGUGGUCUCUCUCUUCUUUCUCUAUGGAACACGUCUACCGGCCGCUGUAUAUGGAAAUACGACGCCUCCCCUGAAUUCUUCUCCUGCAUUCAGCGCGAUCCUUUUGAUUUUAGGCAUUUCUGUGCGUUGGGUCUGAAGGGAUUUCUUCUAUCUGUUAUGGUCCAUGGAGAUGAGGAGGGCGACAUAGUAAUUAAGGAACUUAAGGUCCCGACUGCUACUGACUUCAGUGAAUUGCACAAGGUUGAAAAAGAUGGGGGUGCUAAUUCGACAACAACUUCUCCUGCGCUUGCAGUGUUUCCUCUAUUUCGCGUGAGGUUCUCGUUUUCACCGCAUUGGAGGCACAUUUUGUUUGUUAGUUUCCCCAAAGAGUUGAUAGUAUUUGAUUUGCAGUACGAGACUUCUUUAUCAUCUGCUGCUCUGCCUCGCAAAUGCGGCAAGUUUCUUGAUGUCUUGCCGGAUCCAGACAAUGAUUGGCUUUACUGUGCUCACUUUGAUGGGAAGCUCAGCACCUGGAGGCGGAAAGAGGGAGAACAGGCAUAUACAAUGUGUGUGGUGGAAGAACUAAUGCCCUCAAUUGGCACAUCGGUUCCUUCUCCCAUUGUUCUUGCCGUCAUUCGCUGUCAAUCAGUGUCAACACUACAAAAUGUUGUUGAUCUCUAUUCUAAUUCACCUCACACUUCACCUUUUUGGGAUUAUGACACCCAUUUAGAUCGUUGUAGCAAGUCUAUUCUCAAUUUUAUGGCACAUUUGUUAUCCAUCACUGAUGAUGGGAAAAUAUGGAACUGGCUUCUGACUGCUGAAGGGGCUAGAGAUGCUCAGAAGCCUAUCAUGAAUCCAGGGCUUAUUGAUGCUGGUGAAGUGAGAGUUGAAGAAAUACAUACUAACAGACUAGAUACUUCCAUCCAUGAACCUGUAUCAGAUGCAAAUAAGGAAUCAGAGUCUGCACAAAGUAGUUCUGGUCACACGUGCAACUCAACUCAUACCGUUGGAGAUUUGUCUUUUAAGAUCGACUUAGUUGGCCAGCUUCAUCUUCUUUCUUCAACAGUCACAACGCUAGCUGUACCUUCCCCUUCUUUAACAGCUACCUUGGCUCGUGGUGGUAACAAUCCUGCUGUAGCUGUACCACUGAUCGCUUUAGGAACUCAAAGUGGGACAAUCGAGGUCAUUGAUGUUUCUGCCAAUGCUGUAGCAGCGAGCUUUUCUGUUCAUAAUAGUACUAUUAGAGGAUUAAGAUGGCUUGGGAAUUCUCGGCUUGUUUCAUUUUCAUUUGUCCAGGUGAAUGAAAAAGCUGGAGGCUAUACUAAUAGACUUGUUGUGACCUGUGUUAGAAGUGGUCUUAAUCGAGCAUUUCGGGUCCUACAAAAGACAGAACGUGCUCCAAUAAGAGCUUUAAAGGCGUCUUCCUCUGGAAGGUAUCUUGUUAUUUUGUUACGUGAUGCUCCUGUGGAGGUGUGGGCUAUGACUAAGAGUCCUAUUAUGCUUAGAUCAUUGGCUCUUCCAUUCACUGUAUUGGAGUGGACACUUCCAACAGUACCACACCCAGUUCAUAAUGGACCAUCUAAGCAAUCAUCUAUUUCCUCCAAAGAGCACUCUGAUGUGGCCUCACCUGCAGCUUCCCCUACACAAGCAUCUUCCUCAGAUUCUAAAGCAACAAACUUAGAGGCAUCCACUGAUGAUGCCGCUGAAAGUUUUUCAUUUGCACUAGUCAAUGGUGCGCUUGGAGUUUUUGAGGUUCAUGGGAGAAGAAUUCGAGAUUUCAGACCAAAGUGGCCAUCAACAUCAUUUGUUUCAUCAGAUGGAUUAGUUACUGCAAUGGCCUAUCGCCUUCCCCAUGUAGUUAUGGGGGACAGGUCAGGGAACAUACGAUGGUGGGAUGUAACAAGUGGCCUUUCUUCAUCAUUUAACACUCACAGGGAAGGAAUCCGAAGAAUCAAAUUCUCACCUGUUGUUGCUGGAGAUCGAAGCAGAGGACGUAUUGCUGUACUAUUUUAUGAUAACACAUUCUCCAUUUUUGAUCUUGAUUCACAAGAUCCAUUAGCUAAUUCCCUUUUACAACCACAAUUUCCUGGAACCCUUGUAUUGGAGCUUGAUUGGUUGUCUUUGCGAACAGAUAAAAACGAACCACUUGUAUUGUGCAUUGCUGGAGCUGAUAGUAGCUUUCGCCUUAUUGAGGUUAAUAUUAGCGAUAAGAGGUCUGGCUUUGGAUCCCAGCCUAGAGCCAUCAAAGAGAGAUUCCGGCCAAUGCCCUUGUGCUCUCCCAUUCUGCUUCCUACACCACAUGCCUUGGCACUGAGAAUGGUCUUGCAAUUGGGCGUAAAGCCAUCUUGGUUCAAUACAUUCAGUAUGACUAAAGAUAAGGACCCUUAUCAAAUUCAUGGAGCUGUUUCAUCCAAAGGUGAUCUUCGUGGUUAUAUGAUUGAUUCACACCUUCCCAACAUUGGUGACUCAGUGGUGCCAGAAAUGCUUCUUAAGGUGCUAGAACCAUAUCGAAAAGACGGCUGCAUUCUUGAUGAUGAGACAGCUAAGAUAUAUGCUUCUGUGGUCAAUAAAGGUUCUGCUGCAAGAUUUGCUUUUGCUGCUGCAGUCUUUGGUGAAUAUUCAGAAGCACUUUUUUGGUUACAUUUGCCUCGUGCUCUUCCCCAUUUUAUGAACAAAUCAGCUAAGAGAUUUCCUCAGAAAGCUUCUGUAUCAACAUCAGCUCCAGAGCUUGGAGAGCCAUCUACUUUAAGUAGAAUAACAUCAAGAGGAAGAUCAGUGUUAGGAAAGGAAAAUAGGGACACGACUAAAUAUCUUCAACUUAAAUCAAUGGCCUUUGAUCAAGAAGAGUUGUGGGAAAGUGCUAAUGAGCGUAUUCCAUGGCAUGAAAAAUUAGAAGGAGAAGAGGCAAUUCAGAACCAUGUACAUGAGCUUGUUUCUGUUGGAAACUUAGAAGCUGCUGUUAGCUUACUUCUUUCCACUCCUCCUGAAAGCUCUUAUUUCUAUGUCAAUGCUCUACGUGCGGUUGCUCUUUCCUCUGCUGUGUCAAGGUCUCUGCAUGAACUUGCUGUUAAGGUUGUUGCAGCCAAUAUGGUGAGGACUGACAAGUCGCUAUCUGGCACACACUUGCUCUGUGCCGUUGGAAGGUACCAGGAGGCUUGUUCUCAGCUACAAGAUGCUGGAUUCUGGACAGAUGCAGCAACUUUAGCUGCUACCCAUUUACAGGGAUCUGAUUAUGCAAGGGUGUUGCAGAGAUGGGCUGAUCAUGUCCUUCAUGCAGAGCAUAACAUCUGGAGGGCUUUGAUACUGUAUGUUGCAGCUGGUGCAUUACAAGAGGCAUUAGCUGUACUUCGUGAUGCACAGCAGCCAGACACAGCUGCUAUGUUCUUACUCGCUUGCCAUGAAAUUAACAGAGAAAUUGCUUCCAAAUCAGAAAAUCCAGAUGAUCUCUUAAGGUCAUCAGUUGAAAACCAAAAGUCGGUUUUGCCUUACCUGGAUCCUGAGCAUGAAGAUGUAAUUGCAGUUGGUGAAUAUUUUGGGCAGUACCAGAGGAAACUGGUUCAUCUUUGCAUGGAUUCACAACCAGCUUUUGACUAGCAGGAUUAGGUUGAGAUUACAUUGGUUCAGCUAAAAGAUUCCACCAGAGUAGAGCUAACAUCUAUAAUUCCAAACACGUCAAUUAGUUCAAAGAUUCCUUCUAACAUCAAGGAUUUCUUGGUUACUGGCUUGUUGGUACCAGCUAAAGGCCUCAUAGUUAAUGGAGAAUGGGAACAGCAUCAACUCAAUUGAUUUUCAUUUUGAUUAUUUAAUGUUCUUUAUGUAUCCAAACUGGAGAAACCAGAAAAUCAGUCCUUGGAUGCACUUGGGGAGAAUAACAUCCCAACCAAAUUAUGUCACUUGCCAGCUACAGAGUCCCAGAUGCAGUAAUAUCAUUGAUCAGUUAUCGAUUCAUGAUUUAGAGGUUGGGAACGAUGUAUUGCAGGUAUUCAUCAAAGGAGAUAAUUGCCCGUGCAGUUUUGUAGUUGUUAAGUCUGAGUUUCCUAGUUAACAUGUUUUCUGGUUUUGCAAGAGGUAUUACUGGUAUAUGUACCCUGAUGACCCUAAGGAUGUUGCUGGAGAAGUUUUGGACAGGGCAAGAUGAUCAAUUUAUGGCUGUUAAUUUUUUUAUUUUAUUUUUAUUUUUAUUUUUUCUGUUUGAAAGUUAAAACGGUUGAUUAUUUAUAUCAAUCGUACUGGUGGUCCGGUUACAUCCAAUGGCUUUGUUGGUGGGUUUUGUAAGUUUUUCUAUUCUGUAAAGAUCACCAAUGUACAAUUCAUUUCAUAUUAUUUGAAUGUUUAUUUGUUCGUUGAAAUAAUGAGUUUUGAUGUAAACUGACGAUAAUAAUGAGAACGUGGGUUUCUAUCUCAUGUUGAAA